CAGGCGGAGCCCCCUGCAAUUGUGAUUGCAACCUUGGGAAGUCUAUCCCAAAUGCUUGACAAGCAAAUUUUCAAGUUGGAUGCCAUGCGAGUGUUGGUUAUUGAUGAGGUUGAUUUUAUGUUCAACUCUUCGAAACAAGUUAGUUCUCUGCGGAAACUUUUGACCAAUUACUCAUCAAUUUAUAUGCGUCAAACCAUAUUUGCUAGUGCUUCAAUUCCCCAGCACAGACGAUUUCUGUACGACUGUAAACAGCAGAAAUGGACCAAGGCUGAUGUUGUUCAUGUCCAUGUGAAUCCUGUUGAACCUAUGCCAUCAUGCUUGUAUCACAGAUUUGUGGUAUGUGGUAAGACAGAGAGGUAUUCAUCAUUGCUACAUCUAUUGCAGUCAGAUACACCUCAAUCUGCCAUAAUUUUUGUUGGAGAGCAAUCUGAGAAGUCAAAGAAUGCUGGAAAUCCAGCACCCACGACUCUUCUAGUUGACUUUUUGAAGACUUCACACAUGGGAUGCUCGGAGAUAAUUUUACUGGAGGAAAAAAUGAAUUUCAAUGAACGAGCAACAUCCUUAGCUGAUGUUAAACUAGGAGGCGGCUAUCUUCUAGUUGCAACAGAUAUAGCAGCUAGAGGUGUUGACCUGCCAGAGACAACUCAUAUAUACAACUUUGAUCUACCAAAAGAUGCAGUGAAUUAUCUUCAUCGUGCUGGAAGAACAGGUAGGAAGCCAUUCUCGGCUAGUAAAUGUUUUGUUACCAGCAUUAUAACAUCAGAAGAACGUUUCGUAUUGCAGAGAUUUGAAAAUGAAUUGAUGUUUCAUUGCGAAGAGCUAUUGUUGUAAAUGAAAUUUAUCUUUCUCAAUUUUGUACUAAAUUUAGUUAUUCUGUUCUUCUUCAC